CCGACCCUAAACAAAGACGCGACUCUGCCUCUUACUGCCAUCAUAACACCCUUCGCGUCCUUGUUGACUUCAUUUCUCACAUUCGCUAAUCACUGCUUGCCCCUUGUUUACCUCGAGUAGUCUGAGUGAUCACACCCCUCAAGCUCUUCGUGCCUAUACCAACGUGUCUAUCCACUGUCCCACUUUCAGUGUAUAUAGGACCUUCCUCGACUAAUCCUCUCACUCAUGGCACCCAAAUCUACCGGAGGGAAGUCUAAGUCUGGCGCACCCUCUCAAGCAGCAGGAGGGGUUGCGGGAUCUGGUGCGACUACGACACCAAGAACGAUACAGACACGCAGCCAGAAAGCUGGCCUCCAGUUUCCCGUCGGUCGUAUUCAUCGUUACUUGAAACAGCGCACGCAGCACAAUGUGCGUAUUGGAGCGAAGGCUGCUGUCUAUACUAGUGCAAUAUUGGAGUAUCUCACUGCUGAAGUGCUUGAACUUGCUGGAAAUGCAUCAAAGGACUUGCGCGUCAAACGCAUAACUCCCCGGCACUUGCAACUUGCCAUCCGAGGAGAUGAAGAACUCGAUAUCCUUGUCCGCGCGACAAUCGCUGGAGGAGGUGUAUUACCAUUUAUCCACAAGAGCUUGACAGCUGCUUCAGGCAAGAAGAAGCUCGAGGGACAACAGUAGGAGACAUUGGAAUGUUACAGCGGGAUGUAGAUAUUAUCUAUUGAUGUUUGUGAGUGCGGUGAUUUAACUUUAUUUUACUUUUGACUGUUUGUUACUUGCAUCUGUAGUUUUUGUAUCAAAUGCAUGUAUGAGACUUGGUUGUUUGGACUGCGUGAUGGGCAGUUAAC